AUGUUCAGAUCGAGACUACUGCUCAACCAACUCAACCUCAACCUCAACCGAACAACAACAGCCUCCUACUACUCAACAACAACAACAACAACAACAGCAGCAGCAGCAACAACAGCAGCAACAGCAGCUACAUCAACAACGAAACAAACAACUUCCAAACCUACUCAACAGACACCCAAGUUCGCCAGAUUCGUCCACAAACCAUCUCCACCGAGGAUACCCAAACCACAUCAUGGAAUCGAAACCGUCGAGGCUUUCCUCGAAUCUCUGAGGAGACCUUCACUCUUAUCACUCACCAAUAAAUUCACCGAAUGGGACCAACUCUUCUCCUUGGAACCGAAAACUGAUUUGGUCAAGGAUGGCACUCUAUCGGUCCCUAAGGAACGCCGAUAUCUAUUACGAUCUAUGGAACUAUUCAGACAAGGCUUGGAUCCCAAAGAAUUCGCAGUCGGAGUCCGAAAACCUAAGAAAUUCAGAGGAUGGGGUCCUCGAGUACAACAUGGAAAACGGUUGCGAGGCAGACCGGCGGGUCGGAUGACGAUUUGA